UGUUGAGGGGGGAGAGCCUGGAGGCUGGGCCCGCUGGGGGUUGGGAAACAUCGGACGGAGCCGUGUCGGAUACGUGGGACAGAUAGUGUUAAGGUUGGACUUUCUGUACAGCAACCGCCGUCAAGAUGGAUGAUGGUCUGAACAUGAAAACAAAUUUUGGAAUGGGCUUUACCAUUCAGUCUAUACUUGAAGAGAAUGGCAAUCUACUGAAAGUAAAUCCUCUUACCCAAGACAAGGAGAAGGACGAUGACUCCUGGUCGUGUUUGGAUGCACAGGCGGCGUUCUUGGGACCCAACAUCUGGGGCUCAACGCUCGACACCGACUUCAAGCUUGAGUGCGUGGACCUGGAGGAAUUCCUGAACGAGAACGAGCUGCUGGGCGGUUCGGGUCUGGGCGCGGACAGCCCGGCCCCUCCUUGCAGACCGGCGCCGGCCGAUGGCCCCGAGGCGGCGCUGGCCGAGGCCUCGCCGCCGCCGUUGCCGCCACCGGAGCAGGCGCCCCUCAAGCCGGCGCCGCGCGGACGACACAGCGAAGCUGAGGAGAAGCCGGUGUCGCGUCGGGAGCGCUCCUCCCGGGUGCGUGUGCCGGUCAAGUUCCGCGUCUCGCCGUCCGACCUGGCUUUGGCCACGGCGCCCGGCCUGGAUUUCGACCCGCAGACACGCCAGUUCUCCGACGACGAGCUCAAGCCGCAACCCAUGUGCAAGAAGUCCAAGAAACAGGUGGUGCCGGACGAGCGCAAGGACCAGAAGUACUGGACCCGCCGCGAGCGCAACAACUUCGCCGCCAAGCGCUCCCGCGACGCGCGCCGCCUCAAGGAGAACCAGAUCGUGCUGCGCGCCAACUUCCUCGAGAAGGAGAACGCGGCGCUGAAGGAGUCCAUGGAAGAGAUCACGCGCGAGAACGAGCGUCUGAGGGCACGCCUCGCUUCGUGCGCCUGCCACUAGGCGGCAGCAGCGACGCCGGGCGCGGCCGCCGCCAACCGCCGGGCGCGCACCGGCCGUAGAAGUCGACACGGCCGACGCCCACCGGUGGACCGGGACGGCACGACGCCCGGCCCGGUGUCCCGCAGACGCCGGCCAUGGUACAAAGUCUGCCCGCGUCGCCAGGUGGCCGCCGGCGGGCCGGCCCCGCGCCACCGGCGGCGGGCCCGCCGGACGCGGGGCCCGGCGGCGCGUGGGUGUCUGAUGUGAUGCCAUCGAUGCUGUGCAUCGCGGCUCGCCGAGCGCUGGCCGCGUGGUCUGCGUGGUGGUGUGGUAGAGUAGUACGCAGACUCGUCGGGUGGGACUCAACUCCUCCGUAAGUGUUGGCGUAAGUGUAUCUCUCUCAGUGUUGGUGUUAGUCUCUACAUUCGCUGGCUUUAGCGAUAGCUUCUGCAUGGUCGCUUAGUUGUGUUCAGCUGUUUGAAAUUUUAGCUGUUAUGCGAGGGAUCAGCCACCUUAAAGGCCGCAAUCUUAGCCGUUAUGCGAUGGAUCGGCCAUCUGAAAGGCGCCAUGUCGUCUCCCCAUAGACUACACAUUCUGCGUUAGCGGAUAGUGACCCGGUUGACGAUAGGAUUUGCGGGUACCGUACCGUACACGUGUGGCACACGGUACUGAAGUUACGCAAUUCACGAGCUGUGGACGCAAGUGUACGAGCCAGCGCUGUGCUCAGAUAAUAAUACACGACGUAUGGUCCAA